AUGAAGACUUUUUCAAGCUUCUUUCUCUCUGUAUCUACUCUCUUCUUUUUCUUCUCUCUUUCCUUCCAAGCUUCACCAUCUCAGUCUCUAUACAGAGAAAUCCAUCAGCUCAUAAGCUUCAAAAACGUUCUUCCCGACAAGAAUCUUCUCCCGGACUGGUCUCCCAACAAAAACCCCUGUACUUUCGACGGCGUCACUUGCAGAGACGACAAGGUUUCUUCGAUUGAUCUCAGCUACAAGCCUCUCAACGUCGGAUUCAGCGCCGUGGCUUCCUCUCUCUUGUCUCUCACCGGAUUGGAAUCACUGUUUCUCUCAAACUGCAACAUCAACGGCACCAUUUCUGGUUUCAAGUGCUCUGCUUCUCUCACCAGCUUGGAUCUAUCGAAGAACUCUAUUUCGGGCCCUGUAUCCUCUCUGUCGAACCUUGGCUCUUGCAUCGCACUGAAGUCUCUCAACGUCUCCUCCAAUACCCUUGAUUUUCCGGGGAAAGUUUCAGGUGGUUUGAAGCUUAAUAGCUUGGAAGUUCUGGAUCUCUCCGCGAAUACGCUCUCCGGUGCUAACGUCGUCGGUUGGGUUCUCUCCGAUGGCUGCGGAGAGUUGAAGCACUUUGCGAUUAGCGGAAACAAAAUCAGCGGCGACGUGGAUGUUUCUCGUUGCGCGAAUCUCGAGUUUCUCGAUGUUUCCUCGAACAAUUUCUCCUCCGGGAUUCCAUCUCUCGGAGAUUGCUCUGCUCUGCAGCAUCUCGACAUCUCCGGGAACAAAUUGUCCGGCGAUUUCUCCCGUGCUAUCUCCUCUUGCACGGAGCUCAGGUCGUUGAACGUCUCCGGUAACCAAUUCGGCGGACCCAUCCCGUCGCUUCCUCUGAAAAGCCUCGAGUACCUCUCUCUAGCCGAGAAUAAAUUCACCGGCGAGAUCCCGGAGUUUCUCUCCGGCGCGUGUGAUACACUCACCGGACUCGAUCUCUCCGGGAACGACUUGUACGGUACAGUUCCUCCUUUCCUCGGCUCUUGUUCACUUUUGGAAUCACUCGCGUUGUCGGGUAACAACUUCUCCGGCGAGUUGCCGAUGGAUACGUUACUGAAGAUGAGAGGACUCAAGGUACUCGAUCUGUCGUUCAACGAAUUUUCCGGCGAGUUGCCGGAGUCUCUGACGAAUCUCUCCGCUUCGCUGCUAACGCUAGAUCUCAGCUCCAACAAUAUCUCCGGCCCGAUUCUCCCUAAUCUCUGCCGGAACCCGAAAAAUACUCUCCAGGAGCUUUACCUUCAGAACAAUGGCUUCACCGGGAAGAUUCCACCGACUUUAAGUAACUGUACCGAGCUCGUUUCGCUUCACCUGAGCUUCAACUACCUCACCGGGACAAUCCCGUCGAGCUUUGGCUCUCUAUCGAAGCUCCGGGAUCUGAAACUAUGGCUGAAUAUGCUUGAAGGAGAGAUCCCUCAGGAGCUCAUGAAUGUCAAGACCUUGGAGACUCUGAUUCUCGACUUCAACGACCUGACCGGUGAAAUCCCUUCCGGUUUAAGCAACUGUGUCAAUCUGAACUGGAUUUCACUGUCGAAUAACCGGUUAACCGGUCAGAUUCCAAGGUGGAUCGGCCGGUUAGAGAAUCUCGCCAUCCUCAAGCUGAGCAACAAUUCUUUCUACGGAAACAUUCCAGCUGAGCUCGGGGACUGCAGGAGCUUAAUCUGGCUCGACCUCAACACGAACAAUUUCAACGGAACGAUUCCGGCGGAAAUGUUCAAACAGUCCGGGAAAAUCGCAGCGAAUUUCAUCGCCGGGAAGAGGUACGUUUACAUCAAAAACGACGGGAUGAAGAAACAGUGUCACGGCGCUGGUAACUUGCUCGAGUUUCAAGGGAUCAGACCGGAGCUGCUUAACCGGGUUUCCACGAGGAACCCUUGUAAUUUCACCAGAGUCUACGGAGGUCACACUUCGCCGACGUUUGAUAACAACGGCUCGAUGAUGUUCCUCGACAUGUCUUACAACAUGUUGUCGGGAUACAUACCGAAGGAGAUCGGUUCGAUGCCUUAUCUGUUUAUCCUCAACUUGGGUCACAACUUUCUCUCCGGUUCGAUUCCUGACGAGGUCGGUGAGCUGAGAGGGUUAAACAUUCUGGAUCUUUCAAGCAAUAAGCUAGACGGGAGGAUUCCUCAAGCCAUGUCAGCGCUUACUAUGCUCACGGAGAUCGACUUGUCCAACAAUUUGUUAUCCGGUCCGAUUCCUGCGAUGGGUCAGUUCGAGACUUUCCCUCCGGUUAAGUUCUUGAACAAUUCCGGUCUUUGUGGCUAUCCGCUUCCGCAGUGUGGUCCGGCAAACGGAGUCGGUGACGCUCGUCGUUCGAGGUCUCACGGGAGGAAACCGGCGUCUCUCGCCGGUAGCGUGGCGAUGGGGUUGUUGUUCUCUUUCGUAUGCAUCUUCGGGCUUAUCCUCGUUGGCAGAGAGAUGAGGAAGAGACGGAGGAAGAAAGAGGCGGCGUUGGAGAUGUACGCGGAAGGGAAUGGAAACUCCGGUGAGAGAACCGCUAACAACACGAACUGGAAGCUCACCGGAGCUAAAGAGGCCUUGAGUAUCAAUCUCGCAGCUUUCGAGAAGCCAUUGCGGAAACUCACGUUCGCGGAUCUUCUCGAGGCCACAAACGGAUUCCACAACGAUAGUAUGAUUGGUUCCGGUGGGUUCGGAGAUGUUUACAAGGCGAUUUUGAAAGAUGGAAGCGCGGUUGCGAUCAAGAAGCUGAUCCACGUUAGUGGUCAGGGAGAUAGAGAGUUCACGGCGGAGAUGGAAACGAUCGGGAAGAUCAAACACCGGAACCUUGUUCCGCUUCUCGGUUACUGCAAAGUCGGAGAAGAGAGGCUUCUUGUGUAUGAGUUCAUGAAGUACGGGAGCUUGGAAGAUGUGUUGCACGACCCGAAGAAAGCCGGCGUGAAACUAAACUGGUCCAUGCGACGGAAAAUCGCGAUUGGAUCGGCUAGAGGACUUGCGUUUCUUCACCACAACUGCAUUCCUCAUAUCAUCCACAGAGACAUGAAGUCAAGCAAUGUGUUGCUCGAUGAGAACUUGGAAGCUAGGGUUUCGGAUUUCGGUAUGGCGCGGCUGAUGAGUGCGAUGGACACGCAUUUGAGCGUCAGUACGUUAGCCGGUACACCUGGUUACGUUCCUCCUGAGUAUUACCAAAGUUUCAGGUGUUCAACGAAAGGAGACGUUUAUAGUUACGGUGUGGUCUUACUCGAGCUGCUUACCGGUAAACGGCCGACCGAUUCGCCGGAUUUUGGAGAUAAUAACCUUGUUGGAUGGGUGAAGCAGCACGCGAAGCUGCGGAUCAGCGACGUGUUUGAUCCGGAGCUGAUGAAGGAAGAUCCAGCGCUAGAGAUUGAGCUUUUACAGCAUUUGAAAGUUGCGGUUGCGUGUUUGGAUGAUCGGGCUUGGAGGAGACCGACUAUGAUACAAGUCAUGGCCAUGUUUAAGGAGAUACAAGCAGGGUCAGGGCUAGAUUCACAGUCGACGAUCGGAUCAAUAGAGGAUGGAGGAUUCAGUACAAUAGAGAUGGUUGAUAUGAGUAUUAAAGAAGUUCCUGAAGGAAAAUUAUGA